UGACGUACUGGUACAAUGUUCUGCUGCUGUGUCUGUAUGUCAGCAUUAGUGAACCUUUUCUGUUUAUGUUUAAGUGAAAUGCUUAAGCAUCCAUGAACUGUCAUAGACUGGAUAUUUAGCGCUUGUCAGUAAUAUAGAUGAUUUUAUUAUAGAAAAGUGUAGUAAAUAUUGUGUUAACAUCCGGUGGUGUGUCAAUAUUGCAGGGAAAUAACUCGAUCCGACAUUUUUUUAAGAAGGGAGUGUUUGGUCAACAGGAUUAUGGAAUAAAGCCUCAUAGAAUUAAACUAGAUAUGUCCUAUCUAAACUAUGGGGAUGAAAGGAAUGAUCCUGCAUUGCAACAACAGCAGCAACAACAACAAGUACAGCAUCAGCACCAGCAGCAUCUGCUACGACAUCAACAGCAACAACAACAUCAUCAACUAUUGCAACAGCAGCAGAUGCAGAAUCAAAACCCAUUUUUACCUAUCAAUGUACCUAGCAGAUUUCAUCAAAAACACCAGACUGGCCCUAGAGUGUGGAUAAGUCUACCGGAUGCAGAAGCUCCCCCCUGCCAUGACAACAUGCGAGCAGGGAAACCACCGCUGCCCACAUGUAAGAUUCAGGUCACGACACCGCUUGAUUUGUCAGAAAACCGACGGCAAGUGGAAAGCCCACUGGAUUUGUCAGUGAAAAAGCAAAAACGUCCUGCGGACAGCACUAUCUACAAUGACCAUAAUGUAUCCAAAGUUAUUAGGUACAAUGAGGGCCCAUCAGCUAAGCGAAUGUGUCUCACUAAGCGUGAUUAUGUGUAUCCUCCUGGUCAUCCAAACACUGUGGAGGAAGAAGAUAUGAUUAUCCAGACAAAGCAGGUAAAACAGAAGCUUCUUCAUAAAUCAACAGAUCCUCCAAUAUCAUUGUCACAGUCACAAUCUCGAUCUAAUUUGGCAAUGGUCAGAGCACAGUAUCAAGCACCCCUGGCCAAAUCUGGUACCUCUCUUCAGACAGCCUCACCAGUUCUACAAAGGCAGUUUACAAAUAUAGAAGGCCAGCAUGUCAAUCAGCAAAUGCGACAACUUCAGAUACCGCACUCAAACCGACAGAAGAUCCCUCAAAUGAGCUUUUCUGGAACUCCGGGUCAUUCUAUUACACAAUUGCAUAGAAGAGAACAUAUACCAUAUGAUGUAUCUCAACCAGCACAUGUCAAACCAAUUCAAGUUGGAAAUAUGACUGAAUCCGUCGCUUUAAAGGACUUUUUUGAACCUAUACAGAAGGUCACUGUGACAGCUCCGACAAACCAACCCUUUGACUCAGCAAAAAUACCGCCAAACUCUGGACAGCUUAAAACACACAGCACGACAAACAUGGGUGACGUCAGAGGAGAGAUGAAAAAUGUUGAGAAGCAUCGCAGAAUGGCACCAGUUGCGACGGCAUCAACAACGUUAAACUUUCCUCAUAUGUCUCUAUACCAACGUGGGGAUUUCAUUGAUAGAAUGAUGCCAAGUUCGAACGUCAGUGCCAGCCACACCAGCGAUUCUGAACUCAUGCAUCAGCGCCAGGCUGUAAAGUUACAACAUAUACAACAUGUUCGGAAAAGAGAAAGGGAAGUUGAUCAACUGAUGCUAGCAGCUCAAAGGAGCCAACAACAUAUGAAAGCUCAGGGGUCUGUUGAUCAACAAACUCCUGUGAUGAUGGAAAUUCAACGACAAAAUGAAAUACAAGCAAUGCAACAACAGUAUACAGCAGAGAAAGAACCAUUAUUUCACUAUUCAGCCGGAAGUUCACGCCUGUUGCCAACAAGUAAACCUAGGCAGCAGCCAGGCCUUUUGUCGACGCACCACACCGAAAACAUGGGGUAUGAGAAACAAGAAAUGCCUGAUAUGCAGUGCAUGAAGGCUGGUCAGCCAGUUCCAUUACCAGCACUCAUGCAACAGCAUUCACAUGCAUCAGAACAAAUUCAGACUGUUAAAAAUGACACUGAGAGUUACUGGGGACGAAUCCCUAUGGACCCCAUUCCGCACACUUUUAAAUCCGACUUUACACAAUGCCCCCAUUCUCUGGGUGAUUCUGUUAUACCUUCGCCUGUGUCUCCAAGAUAUGUACUGACAAAUAAAAAAUUGAGUCAAGAUCCUUACCUGAAGACAAAUCCGCUUGAUAAGGCACCUCUUCACCCCAGUGUCAUACAGCGACCUCAGGGUUAUAUUCCGCCCAAAAUUGUUCGAAGGAUUCCGCCAUCUGAGAGAAAGGCCUCUACUUGUCGGGAAGAGUGUGAUCAUACACAAAUAUUCUUUAUUCAAAGAAGCCCUGAUAAUAGCAGGGAACAGUCAUAUGUAAGUGUACGCCAGGAAAUGCCCAUGCUACAAGGACCAAGAUCUCAGACCUAUGGACACAAAGAAAUAUUGUCUGGACGUGAUGUUCUUAAAAUCCAACAAAGAGCUGCAAACCAAAGGACUGAAAUGCUGAACAAACAGGUGCAAAUGUACCAAGAAACCAAACAUAUGUCUCUUUCAGAUAAAAAUGGACCUUGUCUUAAUGAACCUCAGGUGUCUUCCUUGAAUAUGAAUACCAUGCAUCCACAAAAGCAAAAUAUCCAUCCUUCUGCAGGUAACACGAAGAAUGGGUCACUUUGCAGUCCUAGUUUACAUCAAACUGAAAUCUAUUCUAGUCAAGCAAUGAUGGAUAUGAGUAGCCCAAUUUCUGCAUCUGUGUCUGGACGCUCCAUUACUCGAGGUACUAGUGGGUUGAGAACGGAUGUGACAGAUGAUUCUGUAUUGACAUUCAGUCAACUUGUUAUGCGUGAAUGGAAAAAGAAUGAAAGUGAUGGAAACAGUAACCCUUUUGCAAAUCGUUCGUUACUACAGGAAAUUGACCGAUCUGCAAAUUCUUCGCCAAUCAAUCAUCACAAGCAAGAUACUUUACCAACUGAUGUGGGCACAUGCAAUCAGGGACUGACAAUAGAGGCAGGCACAUCUGAGCAGGAACCGAGUGAUUCAUGCUCUGACACCUCUUACGCAGUUCCAUUGCAAAUCGCCAUUCCCGGUCAUAAAAGCAAUGCAGCCACGCAGAUGUCAUCCAAAAUUACUCAGUCAACUAAAUCAGACAUACUUGCAAAGUUGGAAGCACCACUGCCUACAAAAAGAUUCAUGUCAAGAAAACAAAUGAUUCUUAAUGCUUUCCGUCAUGACGAAGAUCUCAAAAACACUGUUGAAUUUGAUAGAAAUGAAAAACUACCUGUUAAGAGUUCAAAGUUUGCCUCGGUCAAGGUUGAAAAUGUAUUGACUAGUCUUUCACCUAAGAUGCCAAUUCUUAGUCCCCAAGAACAAAACAAGAAUAUGGCAGUCUCAGUAGGGGAACCCCCAAACCUGGAAGAAUCCUCAAGGGAUGGUUCAACAGCUCCCCUUGGGAAAAUAAAGACCUUAGAAGAGCACUUGCAUUUAAUGAUAUCCAAUGCCUUGAAUAAAGACCAUAAGGAAAAUGAUGAAGUGACUAAAAAGGGUGUUGUUGAAGAUAUGUGUAGGAAAUUUAAAGAAAUUUCUCAAUCAGGACACAAUUAUAACUUUCUCCUUGCUAGGCAGAAUUCACAAAGCAGGAAUAUUCCAGUAGCUAAUGUUGCACCUUUCGUUCAUGGCAAUGUCAUGGUAGACACAAGAAUGGAUUUGCAAGAACAGGUUGAUUUUAAUGAAAAAAAUGAAUCUGAAUUUGAUGAAGAGGAUGCAAAAAUGGCUGAAGUUGUAACCAGAUCUAUUUUUGGUGACAAAUUGACAUGUAAUGACACAGAUAUUAAAAACGAACCCAUUGAAAUACUAGCAGAAAAACAGAAGUGCACACAAGCAACAUCAAUGGAAAGUGAAAUGUGUGAAGACAAAAGUAAAUGUUCAAAAGUUUCCCCAGGAGUCAAGAAAUUGAUUGGAUAUAGGCAUAUGAAAAGAUUUUCAAACAAAAACGAACUUGAACAAUCUAGAGCUGAACUUGAAAAAGACAAAUCUGAUUUACGAAGCAACAGAAGGCAAGCACAUGAAAUAACUAAGUUAGGUGCAAAACAGUUGCAUGGUUACCGUAAUGUGUUUGGAGCUUUUAGCAACCUUGUAGAUAAGGGGUCAAUAGAGAGCGUUGAUGGGCAAACAUCAGUGGUGCACGAUGAUGCCGAUGUAGAACUCUUGGUUUCCCAGAACCUUGUGGACUCCUGCUGGUUAGGAGGCCUAUCUGAGGAGAAUGUCAUUCAAGUUGCCAACACAGGUUAUGACGGAGAUGAUGAACAGGUCAGAGGGAUCAGUUCUGCCCAACGAAACCAACAUUCCAGGACAAAACAACAGGCUGACCGACUGGUGCAGAGGGCCCGCUGGCGUCAUCCGAGCAACAACAAAAAAGAAGCAUCCCUGUAUCCAACGAAACGAUCUGGAUCCUACAUUAGGACUUUUGGAAGCCGACAUCACUCUGCGAAUUCUGUUUCUGAUGUUCUUUGUCAGCACUCUAUGUCAAGACUGCGUCGAACAAGCUCGCUUGACCUCAACACCACGUCUAGUUGUACCAAGCAGUUUGACUCAAAAUGGUUGGCUCAUUCUGACAAUGAAAUCGGAAAAGACUUUCCGAUGGAUCCAUGCGUUCUUGAUAUUGACCAAGAGACAUGCGCUUUGAACAAUAUUGAUGAAAGUACUGAUGAAGAGUAUUUUCAGACAUCUGAGUUCAAGGAACUCAUACACGAAGAUGAUGUUAAAGAAAAAGAGAUGAAAAGUACAGUGUUGGUCACAAAGAAAAAAAAAGGGUUUUAUUUUAAGCAAAAAUAUAUUUUUCAAAGAAAACGAAGGUGCCAUAAACUGAAGCCUGGGCAGAAGACGAGCACUCUCAAGUCAAACAAUGAACCCUUGGAUGAAGUGUACAGUUUUCAUGAAGAGGGUUCUGGCCUUGACUUGCUACAAUUUGACCCGAGGGAUUUUGCUCCAGCACAGCAUGCCAACAUCCCUGUACCGCAAAAUCUUAGAAAAGUAAGCGUGUCUAAGGACCGGGGGGAAACGCUUCUACACCGUGCUGUCAGGCAAGGAUUACAGGACGUAGUGUUGUACAUCCUGGCAACUGGAUCGGUGGAUGUCAAUGCCCGGGACAAUGCAGGGUACACUGCUCUGCACGAGUGUGCUGUGCGUGGGUUUGUCGAAAUAGGCAAACUUCUUUUGACUUACGGUGCAGAUGUUAACGUGUGCUCCACAGACGGUAUUCGUCCUAUCCACGAUGCGGUUGAGAAUGAUCACUUGGAAGUUUUCCGCCUGUUUCUCUCCUUUGGGGCUGACCCAACACUUGCUACAUAUGCAGGUCGCUCAUUAAAGAAGAUUGCAAGAAGUAAUCGCAUGAAAAACUACAUACACGAUUAUCUCCAUGAUCUUAAUGGAUAUGGAACAGACAGUGAUGUUCAGCCGUGGUUUUUUAAGGGAUCAGCAAAAUAUCAAGAGUCUGAGGAGAAGAACGGCUGCCUGUUGUUUGAGAAUGUUCCCUCUGAUCCUGAGGAUGAAAGCAAGGACAUGUGCAUACUCAGCUCCAAGCCCCUGUUUGUGUCGCGAAGGGUAGCAGUGGAGCCAGGAAAACGAGUGGAGGACUACAUCUUACUUGAUGAUAUAUUAUACAGCUAUGGUAUUAGCCACAGAGACUUUGAGAGCAUUGAAGACUUGCAAAGACACCACGUAAAGCAGAUCUCAAUUUCUACACUAGCGUGCGCUAGUACAGACAGCAUUUACACAGAGUAUUUCACACAUCGACAUGAUACUGACACACUGCCAGCAUUACGAAUGGUGGAUGCUGCUCCCCUCUUUGAUAACAUUGAAAAACUAGCUUCAAGCUGCUCAAAAAGAAUUAACAAUUGAGGAGAUUUUUCACUUUUUCUUACUGUUUUUUUUUUUUUUGAUAUCAUGACAUUAAUUUUGUACUUAAUAAUUGCAUGUGUUUUGUCCAUUUGUGCUUAAGAGAUCGUUAAGCCACUUUAAAAGUGGGGUUGGUAAAAUUGUGUUGAGGAGGUCGUUAAGCCACUUUAAAUGUAAAUUUGUGUUAAGGAGGUCGUUUAGCCACUUUUAUGUGAGUUUGGUAAUAUGUGUAAAGGAGAUUGUUCGGGAAAUUUAAAUUAUGUUUUUAUAUGCCUUGCCCCAAUUUCUCGAGCAAACUUGAGAUCAUGCUCUCAGCUUCAUAUAACUUGUGCAAUUUUUACCUUUAAUUUUUUUUUGGUGCUCUUAAACAAAACUGUAUUUAAGAUGAUUUUAAAGGGGUCGGAAUUUUAGGAUCCAGACCGGAAACACAUGAUUGAUAUUUUUUCUUGUAUAUCUGAAAUGAUCAAUUUGUGGGAAAAUUGGCGUUGAAAACCAAACAGUAAGUGCGACGUUGUUUACUCAGACGUCAUAAGCGCAGUAAUUUUGACUAUACUUACGUCAAAUAGAUCCUCUAAAAAAAGCGUUUUUACGAUUAUUUAUUUUCAAUUUUAAUUAAAAGUCUUGCAUACUUAUAUAUUUGAUUGUGCUUAAUUGAAAUGGAAUAAUAUUCUUUUAAUAAAUCAAAUAAUAAAAGAAAUAAAAUGUGGCACAUUGGUGUGCCUGAUUCAUUUUACAUGGGGGGUGUAAGACAGGUUUUUCCAGCACUGGUCACAUGACCAGAAACACACUUCCAGUAUGCAAGAAUAAAAGUAUCUAUCAUGCGUUUCCGGUACGGAAUGAAAAAUCCGACCCGAGGGCACGUGCACAUGUUUGAUACUUUUUCUUGCAUAUCUAAAUUUAUAAAUUUGUGGAAAAAUUACGUUGAAAACCAACUUUUGUACAAUUACACCUAGAGUACAGAAAUUUUGAAUUACUAAUAAUAAUGUUUUUUAACAAUUACUUAUGUUCAUUUUUAAUUAAAAGUCUUGCAAACAUAUAUAUUUGAUUACGCCUUAUUGAAAUGGCAUAAUAUAUUUUUCAUAAACCAUACAAUAAAUGAAAUAAGAAGUGGCGCAUUGGUGCGCCUGAUUCAUUUUACAUGGGGUAUGUAAGAUGGGUUUUUCCAGCACCGGUCACAUGACCGGAAACACAGGUCCGGUAUGCAAGAAAAUGUUUGUUUCAUUGUUUACAAAUUCAGCUAUUAUAACUUAUCAGUUUUGUUUGACGCCAUUUGCAACAAUUUUUCAUACUGAAGUUUCUUUGUUGUAUUAAACAGGGUUUUCAUUAAGAGCUGGCUGCCGGCUAAAAUGACCGCGUCAAAAAGAAUUUUGGCCUGCUCAAAUGCACCAUUGUUAUUUACGGUCAUUUUAUUUCAUAGUGAAGAAAUGCAUUUUUGUGUAAAAUAAACAUCAAUUAAUAUAUUAAUUGCGAAAAAAGACGAUGUUACAAUGAAAGAUGUCAAACACGCCUUCAAAGUUCACAGGGUGUUCUUGCUUCGUUUUUCUAUGAAAAAUCCCUAAACACGUCACUAGCUAUUUUUAACUACCAAUAAUAAAUAUCAUAUAAAAAUAUCCUAUUGAUCACCCGCGAAUGACGUCACAGGUCAUGCUUUAGAAAUUUGUCAAAAUGGCUGAUUUACGAUGUAGUAUACAAGAGUCUGGCUUGAAUAAACACAUGUCAUUUGUCACUUCUGUUUCCAAAAAUGGAAUGCUAAUACGGCAGUAAAUAUGUACCCUUUGAUACGCCUGUUUAUCAACGUUAGUCUUUUGUUAUAAAAACACGGAUUAUAGUAAUAUUAUAUGCGAUAUGAUCCUGUUUUACAACAAGUAUUAUCUCGUUCUAGAAUAUCACACAAUAAAGUUGUUGUAAUUGCCCAUACUUUUCAGACCUUGAUUUCUUGUCUGUACACAAAAUUUGAUUAUAUUUUUACUGUAUUUUUGCGUGUGUUUUUUUAAGCGAUUCAUACCAAUUUGAGUUAUAUAGGGCUUCUUUGAGGGUAAUAUCUAGUACAAGGUCAAGCACAUCCAAUCCAUUCACAAUGAUGCUAAAACCGUUGCUUGAGGCUGACCAAACAUUUUUUUUUAAAUUUUUAUCAUUAUAUUAAACUUAAUUCAUUUUUAAAACAACAAAUGUGCAUAGUUGAUCUGAAAUAACACUAGUUAAUUGUUUACCCAAUAAAAUUGUGUUUUAACUUUGUACAAUGCAUGACUCCCUCGAUUUAAAAAAAAUAAUUAUUGUCUUAGUUUCCCUUGAGAUUAAACUUAGAUAAUUUGAUCUGAAAUUUAGUAAUGCAACAGCAAAGUUAUGUUUUAAGUGUAAAUAUCAUCUCAAUAAUUUGUUUGUUACUAUUUAAUACAAAUCGGAUCACAGUUGGUUUAAACAGUAAUUAUUCAUAUGUUGUUAAUAUAUCCACAUAUUACAAGUAUACAGGGAAAAGGAUUCAAGAGAAAGUUCGCUUUGCAUUUUCGAUGCUCGCUAUUUUGGCCUUCUCAAGUUGUAUUUGGGCCUGCUCAAACUGUCCUUAAUGAAACCCCUGAUAAAAUAAUCAAUGUCCAAAAAUUUAAAGGCAUACAAUUGAUUUAUUUUAAGUUUAGUUCAAUAAAAAUACUAAAAGUUACUUAAUAAUUAGGAUGUAUAGGGUUAGGGUUUCUUAACAUCCUCAGUUGUUAAUAAACUUCCCAAUUUCACAACAGUUUUAUAAUUGAAUAAAUACUCAAAAAUGUAGGAACAGGUCAAUAAACAUUACACAAUACUCCAUUAUAAAAAUAAAUGUUUAAAGUUGUGUCUUGCAGGGAUAAUGGGAAAUAAUGAAAAUGUAAUUUUAUGGUGAUAUGAGGAAAAAUGCUAUUGCAAGCUAGUGUAAAUAGCGAAAUAAUGUUGCAAAUUCAUAUUACUGUUUCUAAUUUAUAUGCGAAAUUGGUGACACAUUUGUCAUAAACAAACAUUAGUUUGGUACAGCUGCCUCUUAAAGAAACAUCUAUACAGAAUAGAUAUUUGAGGUGGCAAUUUGAACAAUUUUGUUUAUGGUAAAAGUGAGACUGAUUAAAUUAGCUUAUUCUUUUAUUAGCUCUACUGGCCAAAGGCCAGAAGACCUUAUGUGAUGGCAUGUUGUAUGUGCGUCAGUGAGUACCAUUUGUCUGUAAACAAUUGGUUGUGAACACAAUAGUCUUCAGUUUUGAUUGUAUCUUAAUGAAACUUAUAUAGUAUUUAGAUAUCCAGUAGAGCUCAGUUCCUUUCAAAAACCAGCCAGAUCCACCCCCGCCAAGUCUAGAAUAAAAGAGAGACAACUUGUUUUAGCUUGUGCAUUUGGUUUCAUUUUUACCUCUCCCUUGCCCUUGUUGAAAUGAUAUCAAAAUUACAGUUUUAAGGGGUUGGUUGAUUUUAUGCAAUGGUGUAGGGUACGUCUGUUGUUCUUCCGUCUGUCUGAGCAUUAUUGCUUGUGAAUGUUUAUUCAAAUUAUGCCCCUGUGGUCAUUUCUGGCCACGCCUCAGGUUCAUAAGUUUGGUAUACUUAUAUAGGGAAAUGUUUGAAAAUCUUUUUGUCUGAAACCGCUAAGCCAAGACCCUUGAUGUUUUGAAUAAGGCAUCAUUUUGUAGUCCUCUACCAAGAUUGUUAAAAUUAUGCAGCUUGGGUCAAAACUGGCCCUGCCCUAGGGUCACAAGACCUUUUUAUCUACUUAAUUAAUUUUGAAGUUACAGCAAUGAAAUUUGGACCAUAUGUACAGUAUGAAAACAAAUAUAAAUGUUGUCAUCAGAUGAUAUUGACCACAAGAACCAUGCCAGUAGAGCAUAGGCCCUCAUGGGCCUCUUGUUAUACACAUAAAUCUCUAAAAGUAAUUUAAAUGUUUAAUGUUAAUUUUUAGCCAGAUUUUUCAUUGAAAAUUAACGGGUUAAAGAAUGGUGAAAACCAGGCGGGCAUUAACAAUUCUGCGUUAAAAGUUUUCAUUUUAUGUAUUAAAUCAAGAGUCUUUAUCUAAUGGUUAUCAAACUUGGUCACACUAUUUUUCUGCAUAAUAUCUUGCUUAUCUUUUAUAUCGGUCAUCCCUGGUCUAAUUCUAAGUCACUAGGUCAAAUCUUAGGAAAAUAUUUCCAUGUCAUAAAUUCAACAGUUUUUGCCAAAACUUUAUGAAACUUGGUCAGAAUAUUUGUCUGCAUAAUAUCUUGAAAGUUCUUUAAUAUGGGUCAUCUCGGUCACAAUCUAGGUCACAGGGUCAAAUCUUAGGAGAAAGAAUUCCACCGUCAUAAAAAUUCAUUAAUUUUUUGUCAAAUCUUUGUUAAACUUGGUCAGAAUAUUUGUCUACAUGUUGUCUUGAACAUUUGUGAAUAUGGGUCACCUCAGAUCAAAAACUAAGUCACUAGGUCAAAUCUUAGGAAAUAUUUUCCCGAUGUCAUAAAAAAUUAUACGCUUACUUAACAGUUUACCUAUCAAUAUCAGUCAACAACUAAAUUCAAUUGCUAUUUUAUAAACACACAUUCCAAUCAUGAAUUUCAUAUCUACCCAUAUUUUUCAAAAAAUUAAAUUUUAAUUAACUUUAAAAAUAUUUGUGUACAUGAAAUCUUAGAUGAAAAAGUGUGUCAUAUAGGGUCAAAACUAGGUCUCUGGGACAGAACUUAUAAAGACAACAGAGAACAACAUAGUACACAAUUUUCUGUCUACGCCAUUGAUAAAAAAUAACAUUGCUUGUUUUUAUUUUUGGUGAGUGGGUAAGUUUGAUCCUUGCAAAGUAUAGAAUUGCUCUUAUAUGACCUCCUAAAUUACUCACAUCAAAAUUGGAUUACUGAAAGUUGUUCGCCUAUUUUGACUGGAUGCAUUAACCAAUAUAUGUAAGGUUUCUAUUGGUGAAGCAGUGAGACUCAGAUAUAAGAGCUAUACUUUCAAUGUGGCAGAUCUAGUACAUCUAUCAUUUAAAUGUGGGUGUUCUAGUACGGAUAUCAUUUCAGUGUCAGUUUUAGCAUUGCAUUUGGGUGUCUAAGUACAGAUAGCAUUUCAAUGUGGUUGUCCUAGUACAGCUAGCAUUUCAAUGUGGUUGUCCUAGUACAGCUAGCAUUUCAAUGCAGUUGUCUUAGUACAGCUAGAAUUUAAAUGUGGUUGUCCUAGUACAGCUAGCAUUUCAAUGUGGUUGUCCUAGUACAGCUAGCAUUUCAAUGUGGUUGUCAUAGUACAGCUAGCAUUUAAAUGUGGUUGUACCUAGUAACACUAGCAUUUAAAUGUGGUUUUCAUAGUACAAGCAUUUCGAUGUGGUUGUUAUGGUACAGCUAGCAUUCCAAUGCAGUUAUCUUAGUACAGCUAGAAUUUAAAUGUGGUUGUCCUAGUACAGCUAGCAUUUCAAUGUGGUUGUCAAAGUACAGCAAGCAUUUCAAUGUGGUUGUCCUAGUACAGCUAGCAUUUCAAUGUGGUUGUCCUAGUACAGCUAGCAUUUCAAUGUGGUUGUCAUAGUACAGCUAGCAUUUCAAUGUGGUUGUCCUAGUACAGCUAGCAUUUCAAUGUGGUUGUCAAAGUACAGCUAGCAUUUCAAUGUGGUUGUCCUAGUACAGCUAGCAUUUCAAUGUGGUUGUCCUAGUACAGCUAGCAUUUCAAUGUGGUUGUCCUAGUACAGCUAGCAUUUCAAUGUGGUUGUCCUAGUACAGCUAGAAAUUAAGUGUGUUGUCCUAGUAAAGUUGACAAUUCAAUGUGGUUGCCAUAGUACAGCUAGAAUUCCAAUGGGGUUGUCCUAGUACAGCUAGCAUUUCAAUGUGGUUGUUAUAGUACGGCUAGCAUUUCAAUGUGGUUGUCCUAGUACAGCUAGAAAUUAAGUGUGUUGUCCUAGUUAAGUUGACAAUUCAAUGUGGUUGCCAUAGUACAGCUAGAAUUCCAAUGGGGUUGUCCUAGUACAGCUAGCAUUUCAAUGUGGUUGUCAAAGUACAGCUAGCAUUUCAAUGUGGUUGUCCAAGUACAGCUAGCAUUUCAAUGUGGUUGUCAAAGUACAGCAAGCAUUUCAAUGUGGUUGUCCUAGUACAGCUAGCAUUUCAAUGUGGUUGCCAUAGUACAGCUAGAAUUCCAAUGGGGUUGUCCUAGUACAGCUAGCAUUUCAAUGUAGUUGUCAAAGUACAGCAAGCAUUUCAAUGCGGUAUCCUAGUACAGCUAGCAUUUCAAUGUGGUUGUCCUAGUACAGCUAGCAUUUCAAUGUGGUUGUCCUAGUACAGCUAGCAUUUCAAUGUGGUUGUCCUAGUACAGCUAGCAUUUCAAUGUGGUUGUCCUAGUUCAGCAAGCAUUUCAAUGCUGGUGUCCUAGUUCAUCUAUCAAUUCAAUAUGUGGUUCCUACCACAGCUAGCAUUUCAGUGUACAGCUAGUAUUUGAAUGUGAUUGCCCUAGUCCAGCUAGCAAUACAAUAUCACUUAUGAGGAUGUUUUCUGUUGUUGAAAAUUGUUAUUGUAUUCAGAAUUUUAAUCGUAAACAAGUUAAGAAAGUUAAGAAAGUUAAGAAAUAAUAAGUUUAAAAUUGAAAUCAUUUAAUGUUUUUUUUUUGUUUGAACAUUAGAGUCAUUGUUGAAUUUUAGCUUUUUAUUGUUAUGUCAUUUGUUAUGCAUAAAAGGCUUAGAAACAGAUUUUAAUAAAACUAGAAGCCUUUCCUUUUCCUGUAGUAAAUACUUUAGGGACACCAUAUGAUUGUUAAUCUGUUCGAGUCUGUAAAUAAAUAAAGUUGUCUAGUUCAUUGCUUUAUUUUUAAUGUCUGUCUGGAUAGUAAGAUACACACUUGUGUCUUCUAUCUUAUAACCACACUACAACAAUUCAAACACAACAUGGUAUGAUAAGAAAUUAAUUGUGUUGAUUGUUGGUGAACUGCUUUUGUUGGUUGUAUGGCUAUCAAAAUCAAUAGAUUCUUCCCAGAAAUAUUGGUCAUGAUCUUAGCUUGAACAAAGUAGGUUUUAGUAUCCUUUUUCAAAAGUUUGCUGACUAUGCAAGUAUGCUAAUGUCAUUCAAUUGUUAUUGAUAGGGUAAGGGUUUAUUUACAGUCACUAUUUUGUCUGUUGGUUCACUCAACAUGUUCAAUCUUUCAUUUGAACAGAGUUGAAUAGGUCAAACUUGAUGGUUAAUGUUGUUCCAUUAGGAAUUCAUAGCAAUACUUUCAGGCAUACCUUUUAAACCAUUAAUGGGAUUUUAAAUCAAGUUCCACACAUCUGUAGAGCACCAUGUGAAGAUUUUUUAGGCUUAAAAUGUGAGCUCAAAUGUCAAGGUAACAUUUGGAGGUAAAUUUUAAAACAAUCUUUAAAUUUAUAGCAAAUAAUUGUGUCUCAACCUUAAUGGGAAACCACUCAACUUUCAAAUAUUUGUUGAGCAACAUGUGGGAAGGUGUGCCUUGCAUAAAAUUUGUGCUCUUAUCUCAGAGGUCAAGGUCACACUGGGUUUAUGCUGAACAAAAUGAAUAAGGAUUGCAUUGUACAAGUCAUAACUCAUGACUCAGCUUUCACUUAUAUUAAAUUGCUUUCAAAUAAAACAAAUGACCAACACUUCGACAAGUUCAAAUCGAAGCCAUUUGUCAGUAUAUUAAAAAAAAAUGAGGAAUAAUAAAAAAAAUGUGCUAGGUAAUUUAUCCGUUUUUUUAGUAUGAUAAACACUAAAAAGUAACACAUGUUGCAAACUAUGAAUAUAUUGUGCUUUAAAUGAUAGAUGAUUUUCUUGCUGCUUUAACCGUUUUUGAUUAUUCAAGAAAAGCUGUAAAUCAUGAAACAAUAUCUAACGAGUUUUAAAUGUCAAAUUUAACUGUAUUUUUCAACAACUCUCAUUAUUGGACUAGGGCACAUGUGGCCUAGUUCAUAGCCGUAAUCGCGAUGUCUGCAUUUUCAAGCCGAAUCUGGAGGUUCACUGACGUAAUGUAUUCAUACGCUGUAUUUUGAUUGGAUUGCCGUUAGCAAAUUUGAAUAAUCAAAAUAGUACCAGAACUGAUUACAAUGAAAACAUCCAAUAAAAAUAUUUCUCCUAACAAGACAAGCUAAUUGUAUGUUCUUUUAAUGAAGCACAAGAAAUGGGUACGUAGCGAGUGAGUUAAUCGGGUUAACUACAUGAAUGUUCUUGCAUACGGUCAGAUUAAAUGCAAUAAGAAUAUGAACAUAUUGGAAAAGUACGCAUCGACAUUUUCCGUUCAAAGCUCUUGAUUGAUAGACUGGUAGCCGCUUUCUCUUUUAUCCGAAAAGAGACCAGUAUCAGCUAACCACGGUGCCCGUCGCGCAUUCGAAAUGUCUUGUGGGUACGUAAAACGAAUCAAGCUUGCGGUCUAAGUAGUAAACAACCAAGAUAUUUGUUGUUGUUUUUUUUAAAAAAGUAUUGUUAUCCUCUGUAUAGAAUGUUGGUAUUAAUUUAUUAACAGGGCUGUUCUUUUUUUCGACAUAAUUUGAAUGUUGCCGUGACAUUUUCUUUUUAAAUACAAAGUUUAUUUUUCAACUAUUCAUUGCAUGUCACUCAGCACUUUUUUUAAAUACAGCAUGAUUUUUGGUACUGAUUGUUUAAAUACUAUUAAUGUAAAAUAAAAAACCAUAUGCCGCGUACCUGUAUAACGUUAUAACUUGUGUUCUUGAGGAAAAGUAAAUUCGGGUACCAGUC